AAAUGGCGGACGUUGACAAGUGGAUCGAGGUGGCCAAAGAGUGCAAGUAUCUCCCAGAAAACGACCUUAAGAGACUGUGUGAGUCAGUAUGUGAGUUACUAUUAGAGGAAGGCAACAUCCAGCCUGUGUCAAGUCCAGUUACUGUUUGCGGGGACAUCCAUGGCCAGUUUUACGACCUGGAGGAGCUGUUCAGGACGGGAGGUCAGGUGCCGGACACGAAUUAUAUCUUCAUGGGUGAUUUCGUGGACAGGGGUUACUACAGCCUGGAGACACUCACCCGCCUCCUCACACUCAAGGUGAAGUGGCCCCACAAGAUUACACUCCUCAGGGGAAACCACGAGUCGCGCCAGAUCACUCAAGUUUAUGGAUUUUUAGAUGAGUGCCAGAAUAAGUAUGGAAAUGUGAAUGCCUGGAAAUACUGCUGCAAAGUAUUUGAUCUCCUAACUAUAGCUGCUAUCAUAGACGAUGAAAUCCUGUGUGUGCAUGGAGGCUUGUCUCCCGAGAUUAACACCCUGGACCAGAUCAGAACAAUUAACCGAAACCAGGAGAUUCCUCAUAAAGGUGCCUUCUGUGACCUGGUGUGGAGUGACCCUGAGGAGAUUGAGUCAUGGUCCAUGUCGCCGCGAGGGGCUGGCUGGCUCUUCGGUGCAUCUGUCACCCAGAAGUUCACCGAGACUAACAAUCUGAGGCUCAUCUGUCGGGCCCACCAGCUUGUGAAUGAAGGCAUCAAGUACAUGUUUGAUGGCAAGCUGGUGACGGUGUGGUCGGCCCCGAACUACUGCUACAGAGCUGGCAACGUGGCUUCCAUCCUGUGCUUCACCUCCACCACCGAGAAGCAAGCCAAGCUGUUCGAUGCCGUGCCAGACGACAAGAGAGUCAUUCCCCCGGUCCACACCACACCGUACUUCCUCUGAAUGAGCUGCAAGGCAAUAACCACUGUAAGUUGUGUAUAUUUCUUGACGGUGUUUUCAUCCUGCCUCUGUGAACGAACGGGUAUGUGGAUGGGGGUUCCACUGGUGAAGUGAUGAUGAGGAUUGUUUUGAGAAAUUUAUCAUGUCUUGGUUGAAUUGUUGUGCGUGUCUCUUUACGUUCGCACGCCGCCCGUCAGCGAGUGGUGUGCUGCAGAACCUUGAUUGUAGGAUGUCACAUUGGUAUUCAGUUCACAACACCCAAGUGGUCAGCAGUGGUCUUGUUUCAGUUGAUUCAGUCACUCACACAAACACUCUCUAAAUCAAAGAUUGCUGGUGAUCUUUGUAAGCCGUGCAGUGUCUUAUUGUCUUGUCGUGUGCUGCAUUGAACAUGUCGUAAAAACAGAGUAAACAUAUACUCAUAAAUACUAGCAUGAUGUUUACACAAGUGGUCAAGGUUCUGCUGGACUUUCAUAUCACACAAUGUCCAUGCAAGGUGGAAAAAAAGAACAAAAUAAAAAAAAAUCCUUGUAAAACCGUUGCCAUAACAGAACACGCAACUUUGCCUCAUUCCGCGCGAUGGACCGCCUCCGUUUGUGAUAUUAUUUGCCGGGGAAACCUCUCAAUCCUGAAAGUUCAAGCAACAAGGGUCUUUCACAACAGCUCCUGAGACUUGCAUAUGUUCCAGGCAUCUCACGAAAGCGGAGGUCUUGUGCCUUGGUGCUCGGGUGAGAAAAUAA